AUGAGCUGUCUUAAGAAUUUUACAAAUCAAGUCCAGACAUUAACGAAUCUGAUAUUAAAACAGUCUGUGGACAGAAACUCACGCAGCGACGGUCAGCAGAGGGGGUCGGGGGGGAUUCCUCUGGCCAGGAAGCUGUGUUAUGCUGUAGGAGGGGCCCCAAAUCAGAUGACCGCAGUAGCUAUAGGUGUUUCUCUGCAGAUUUUUCUGCUGGAUGUUGUUCAGAUGGAGGCCUCCUACGUGUCCAUGAUUCUGUUUGUGAGUCGGGCCUGGGAUGCUGUGACCGACCCUCUGGUUGGAUAUCUGGUGAGCUGCAGUCACUGGACACCCAUCGGCAAGCUCACUCCAUGGCUGGUCCUCUCCACUCCAUUUGGUAUCCUGUCCUAUCUGCUGCUGUGGUUUGUGCCACAAGGAUCGAUGUCUCCGGCUCCCGGCGUGCUGUGGUUCCUCACAGCGGCCUGCCUGUUUGAAACACUCAUGAGUUGCUACAACGUUCCCUACCUCUCACUCAACAUGUUCCUGGGGGGAGAUAACAGAGACCGAGACUCUGCCACGGCCUACAGAAUGAGUGCAGAGAUGGUGGCCAUGCUGUUGGCGUCUGUGAUGCAGGGUCAAGUUGUAGCUGUGUACAACACAGAGAAGCAGGAGGCCUGUCAGCAUCUGGACCAUGAAGCAACACCCCAAAGCACAUCCUCACCACAAACUGCACCUCUUCAGGAGACGCAAAAGGCUUUUCUGACCUCAGCUCUGGUCAUGGGAGCUCUGUUUUUCGUCUGCAGUCUGGUUCUCUUCCUCGGGGUGAAGGAGCAGCAGGCCCCUCUCUGCUCUGAUGAUAAAGUACGACCAUCCUAUCUGACCUCACUGAAGAUGCUGAUACGUCACAUACCCUACCAGCGGCUGGUGCUUGGCUUUGUGUUCAGUGUUUUGGCAUUUCAGAUAUCCUUGGGUAAUUUUGCACUCUUUUGCAGCCAUGCAGCUGGGCUGGGAGCCCAGUUCCAGCACCUCCUACUGGUUCUACUGCUCUCUGCCACUGUAGCAGUUCCUCUCUGGCAAACAGUCCUCCUGCGAAUCGGAAAAAAGACCACCGUUUUCAUAGGAUUAUCACUCUUCAUCCCAGCAGUGAUCACAGUGGCCUGUGUUCCCAGUAACCUGCCAGUCUUCAUGAUAAUGUGCAUCCUGAUGGGAUUCAGCGUAGCGACCAUAUUCCUUCUACCCUGGUCUAUGCUUCCAGAUGUGGUGGACGACUUUGCUGCGAGACAUCCGUCCUGCAAAGACCUGGAGCCGCUGUUUUUCUCCUGUUAUGCGUUCUGCAGUAAGCUGGCAGGCGGUCUGUCUGUUGGCAUCUCAACCAUGACUCUGCAGUUUGUGGGCUACAGAGCAGGUGCAUGUAACCAUGGCGAUGGAGUGGUGACGGCUCUUAUUGUGCUGUUCUCACCAGUUCCUAUCACACUUCUGCUGAUUGGGAUGGUCUUUUUUCGUUUCUACCCGAUCGAUGAGAGGCAGUGUUUGCAGCACCAGGAGCAGCUGACCACAGUUCACCCCGAAGCUCCACCAUCCUCGUCAGACCCGAGAGAAAACACAGAGCAGCCGUCGGUUCUGCAGACGUCGGUUCUGCAGCCGUCGGUUCUGCAGCAGUCCUGCAAUGGUGCAACAUCAACUUCACAUCUUAACACAAAGGCCGACAUAAUGUACAAGUCACACUCCUCAUCUGCUUGUUCCAAUCAUGACAGAAAAAGCUCAGUCAAGUCAUCUCUCCAUUUAAAUGUAUCAAAGAGCCUCUCUGGAGAAUACAACAGACCGUCAGUUAUGCAAUCAAAUGUAAGUCGUCAGUGUCAUAAAAAGAGACUGAGACCACACAAACGCUCAGGAAAUGAUCAGCUGGGCAGAAAUGUUCCUCAGAGCAGAAGCUCUUCCUCUAGCAGGUCAAAUGUGAGAUCCAAAGUGUCGUGGGUAUAGUCAGAUGUACCUUAACCCUUUGAAACCUGGAUUUACAGACCCCUUUUCACAAGCUAUUUAACCCUCUGAAACCUGAGAAAAUUGGUUUGAUUUUUUUUGACAACACUGGGAAAGAAAUGACCAACUUGACAAGAAAUAUCCCGCCAAUAACAAGUAAUUCAUAAAAGGUGACAAGAAAAUUACCUAAAAAUUAGUUUUUAAAAAAAGAGGGGA